AUGAGUAAGUUUAUACAAUACCGCUCCUUUCCUCCCAUUUCUCUUGGCACUUUCUGCCAGCCUAUUCAGCUCGGCGGUCUAGGGGUCCUUGAUCCUCAGGUUCAACAGGCUGCUCUUCAGUUGCACUGGCUCCGGCCUCUCGUCUGCUCUCCGCUGUCCCCCUCUGGCCUGGUCCCGCCUUGGUUCUCUUACGUCCUCCGCCUCGACUCCUCAUCUGCUGAUCCACUCGUUCCUUUGAUAUUUCCAUCUCUCCAAUCCUCUCAUCAGCGUGAUUUCGACUCUCCUCUGGCCACCCUACUUGCUGCCAUUGAUCUUCUCCCUCACAACUUCUCUGACGUGGUAGUCAACCUCCCCACCUGUCUCUCUCUGCCUCUCUCCUAUAUCACUACCGCACAACCAGACCACCCUCCCUUUCCAUCUGCAUGGCGCGAUCUCCGGGUUUCUGACGCCUAUGAAGUAGAUCCUAGUUUUGGCGUGCUUGCCCAACGCCCCCUCCACCGCAUACUCCAUCGUCCUAUUGUCCUUCACCGGUUCUUCGAACGUCUCUACACUCGCUCUCUUGUCUUGCACCCUGUCUUGUAUCGUGCCACCAUUCCCCCCGCGAUCUGUGCCAUACAGUUUCCUUUGCUAGAUAUGCCUUCCGGUACAGCUGUCGAUGUGCGUCCUUUCUUGAUGGCUCUUGUCCCCGGCAUCCCUUGGCAUCAUUUGUCCACCCAGUCUUUCCGCCUACUCUGCAAUUUCCACUCCAAAUCCGCACGCCCCAUAAGCCCCACACUCGUCCCUCGCCAGCUUCGUCGGUUUUGGUCCUUCCCCCUGCUGCAUGGGGCCCGCAACGUUUGGUUUCGUGCCUUGCACAAGAACAUUCCUUGCCGUUCUCGCCUCAAUUCUAGGAUCUCUACCGCUUUCCCAGACCCAUCCUGUGCCCUCUGCUCUCACCCUCUGGACAAUCAAACUCAUUUUUUGUUCCAGUGUCCGGUCAAACUGUCCGUAUGGUCGUCAACCUGGACAUUGUACUUUGCCCAGACCGCGACACCCACUGUCUUGCUUUCUGGUUUGCAAUCCUUCACAUUCCCUCCUUGCACCGAUUCUUCUCUUUCUGCUGCCUCAAUUUUUGGCUGCACGCUGCUGGCUAUAUGGCACCAUCAUUGGCUGUUCAUAUUUGAUCACGUUCCUUUUGUCUCCUCCGCUGUCUUUUCCACUGCUUCCUCUCUUCUCGACCGCCUCAAGAGCGAACUUGCUCUCGACUUUCCCCCCCUUUAG